AUGAACUAUAACUCAGUUGGAUUCAUCGAAUAUGGUUAUGGGCCAUAUUACAUCAAUGCUCAAAAAUUGAAAGGAUUGCAGCUAGCACCCAAACUUUUUAUCAUAACCAAAUUAAAUAAUCUGUAUAAUUUUAAAUUAGUGUCGAGAGAGACUUUCAUGAUAACUCUGCUAAGGCGAGGGAAUCUCAAGACUGCAGUCAAAGAGUCCUCGAAUUACAGAAGAAAUUUGAAGUCGCACGAACACAGAUCAAAAGACUCCCUGGUAUUGAUUACAAUAAGCAGGACCAAUUGA